AUGGGCUGUUUGCAGUCCAAGACUGCUAAUGUUCAGUCCCCUGACAAACUACCUUCACAGCCCGAGUCCAAACCAGAUCUGGAAAAUGGGGACCAAAUGGAUCAAGAUCAAGUGCCGGCCUUUAAGGAGUUCGGGCUUGCAGAGCUUCGUGCCGCAACAAAUGGUUUUAGCAGCGAACUUAUAGUUUCAGAGAGUGGUGACAAAGCUCCUAAUGUUGUCUACAGAGGUAAGCUUAGCAGUAACAGGCUUGUUGCCGUCAAGCGCUUUUCGAAGCAAUCGUGGCCUGAUCCUCAGCAGUUUGUGGCAGAGGCUGCUGGAGUUGGCAAGGUUAGGCAUAAAAGAUUGGUGAACAUGAUUGGAUGCUGUGCUGAAGGCGAUGAACGACUGUUAGUUGCAGAGUACAUGCCUAAUGAUACGCUUUCUAAGCACCUCUUUCACUGGGAUAAGAAGCCUUUGCCAUGGGAAAUGCGUGCGAGAGUUGCAUACCACAUAGCACAAGCUCUUGACCACUGCAAUACCGAAAAUAGGAAAAUUUAUCAUGACUUAAAUGCCUAUAGAGUUCUUUUUGAUGAGGAUGGUGAUCCUAGGUUGUCAAGUUUUGGGUUGAUGAAGAAUAGUAGGGAUGGGAAGAGUUAUAGUACAAAUUUAGCAUACACCCCUCCCGAGUUUUUGAGAACAGGCAGGGUCAUUCCAGAGAGUGUCAUCUACAGUUAUGGAACAGUUCUUCUCGAUCUUUUGAGUGGAAAGCAUAUCCCGCCUAGUCAUGUUGCGUCACAUAUCCUGAUGGACCUAGUGAAAAACCCUGUGAUUCUACCGACAAUGCUUUCUCCUCUGGGAAAGGCUUGUGCAAGAAUGGAUCUUACUGCAGUGCACGACAUUUUGCUGAAAACGGGUUAUAAAGAUGAAGAGGGUGCAGAAAACGAGCUUUCGUUCCAAGAAUGGACACAGCAAGUUCAAGACAUGCUGAACACGAAAAAAUCUGGAGAUAUUGCUUUCAGGGACAAGGACUUCAAGAGCGCCAUCGAAUAUUAUUCCAAGCUGGUAUCAAUGAUGUCAGUACCAUCUGGGACAGUAUCCGUGAGACGGGCCCUCUCCUACUUGAUGAUGGGCCAGCCCGAACUAGCCCUUAGAGAUGCCAUGCAGGCCCAAGUUUGCUUGCCCGAGUGGCCCACAGCCUUCUACUUACAGGCUCUUGCCCUAUCUAAGCUGGGAAUGGAGACUGAUGCUCAGGACAUGCUCAACGAUGGAGCCUCCUUUGAGGCUAAGAAGCUAAACAGCUGGCGAAACUAAAAAAUUUUACUCCAAAAUCCCGGUUUGUUUUUGUUAAUCAUCGGAAUAUAACAAUGUUGUAAGAUGGGAUGUGUUUGGAUGAUCGAAAUUUCUGAAGUGCUGAUUAAACUCAGAUAAAAUGCUAAUUGCUAUGUAUAAAUCAAUUUUAACUAGGCUGGUUUAUGAGUGGGCUUGUUUUAAAACGCAAAUGUGGAUCAAGAUUCUGUUCUUGUUGUGUGAGAGUUGUAUAUCUGCUCGGGUCAAGACUCGAAUCCAUAUCAAGAAAUCGACUCUAGAUUGUUUUUGGAUUUAGAGAUGUUAAACGGGCUAGUUUUAGUUGUUUUGAACUAGCUGAAUAGAUUGAAUAUAUUGAUAUUUUACUGAUCUAUGCAAAGUAAUUUAACAAA